GUGAGCUGUGGCUGCAGAGGCUCAGCAGAUGUUACAUAAGCAGCUGCUGGUCAGAGGAACAGAGAUCUGCGCUGGACACGAGCAGGUGGGAGCUCCGCUGUACCUCUGGACUCACCGCAGAGAUGCCGGCGUCUCUUCCCAGCCUUCCCAGCUUUCCCAGCAUGCCGCGGGGGGUCACCAUGCAGUCUUUGCUGGGCUCCCUGCCCCGCGGCGUCAACCCCCCCAGCCUGCCCAGGGGGGUGUCGCUGCCCAGGGUCAUCGCCAUGCCGACCGUGCCCGAGGGGCCGCGGCGGCUGCUGCAGGACUGCUCCUCCGUGUUCGACCACCAGACGCCUGCAGGUCUCUGCGGUUGCUGCUGGGCGCUGCGUCCUCGCUACAAGCGGCUGGUUGACAACAUCUUCCCGGAAAACCCCGAGGACGGGCUGGUGAAGGCCAACAUGGAGAAGCUGACGUUCUUCGCUCUGUCGGCUCCGGAGAAGCUGGACCGCAUCGCUGCGUAUCUGUCGGAGCGGCUGACCAGGGAGCUGAACCGCCACCGCUACGGGUACGUGUGCAUAGCGAUGGAGGCGCUGGAGCAGCUGCUGCUGGCCUGUCACUGCCAGAGCAUCAACCUGCUGGUGGAGAGUUUCCUCAGUACGCUGCGUCUGCUGCUGGAGGCCGACAAGCCACACCUCCACAUCCUCGCCACCAACUCCUUUGUGAAGUUUGCAAACAUCGAAGAGGACACGCCUUCGUAUCAUCGCAGCUACGACUUCUUUGUGUCUCGCUUCAGUGAGAUGUGUCACUCUGAAGAGGAGGACCCCAACACCAAGACCAAGAUCCGAGUGUCGGGGAUCCGCGGCCUGCAGGGCGUGGUGAGGAAGACGGUGGAUGACGAGCUGCAGGUGAACAUCUGGGAGCCUCGUCACAUGGAGCAGAUAGUCCCCGCCCUCCUGGUGAACCUGGAGGCCGACACGCACGGCAGCAGCGGCUCUCCUGCAGAGCAGACCGAGGGCUGUUUCAGGGAGCUGCUGGGUCGAGCUGCUUACGGACACAUCAACAACGCCAUCAGACCGGUGCUCAAGCACCUGGACCGGUUCAGUCUGUGGGAGGGACGAGGCUUCGCCGUCCGCUGUUUCCAGAUCAUCAUGUUCUCCAUUCAGUCCCAGCACUCCCACCUGGUCAUCCAGCAGCUGCUGGGACAUCUGGACGCCAACAGCAGGAGCCCGGCGUCGGUCCGAGCUGGGAUCGUGGAGGUGCUGGCCGAGGCCGCGGUGAUAGAAGCCACGGGAUCUGUAGGUCCCACGGUGCUGGAAGUGUUCAACACGCUCCUGCGACAGCUCAGGCAGAGCGUCGACUACCAGCUGACGGGUUUCUACGACAACGCCGGCCGGCGCAAAACUACCUCAAAGGAGGAGAAGAGGCUGCAGGACGCCGUCAUCAAAACCAUCGGCUCCUUCGCCAACACACUCCCCGUCUACCAGAGGUCAGAGGUCAUGCUGUUCAUCAUGGGGAAGAUUCCUGUUCCUGGAAUCUACCCCGCCCUGGGGUCGCCCAACGCCGGGUUUGAAGGCAGCAGGAUGAUCCAGGUGAUGCUGCUGAAGUCUCUCCUCCAGGUGUCGGAGCGCUACGAGAGCAGCAACCUGCUGACGGCGCUGCCCUCCGCCUUCCUGGAGCCCCUGCUGUCCUUCACCCUGAUGGAGGACCCGGAGAUCCGUCUGCUGGUCCUGUCCAUCCUCAUCUCGCUCAUCGACCGCCGCCACAACGCCGCCAGGCUCGCCACGGUCAGCGUGACGUUGGACGUGACGGCGCUGGAGCUGAAGGAGGACAGAUGUUCCCGACAGGACAACCUGUUCACCAGGAAGCACGCUCAGCGCCUCUACAGACACGUUUACCUGGCCUGCAAGGAGGAGAGCAGUGGGCGGAGCCACUACCAGGCGCUCUUCACCCUGGCGGCUGUUCUCACCGUGGAGCUGGUCAACGAGGAGGUGCUGGUGGACCUGGUUCGGCUGGUGCUGGCUCUGCAGGAACUGGCGCUGUCCAGUAAGGAAUCUCUAUCAGCAUUCAACCGCUGCAGUGUUCACGCCAUCUGUGCCGCUGUCCUCCAGCUGCUGUCGCAGCUCAGUCCGCCCACCGCGCUGCGGCAACAUGUCACUCAGGUCGUGGAAAGUCGCCAGAAGGAGGCGCCACAUCUGCUGCCCGAGCACGUCCUGUGUGACGAGCCCAGGCUGCCAGACGGUGAGCUGAAGGUGACUGAAGACUUUCUGUUUAUCCAGUCAAAGAUGUGUGAGGCUCUGGCAGGAAGCAGCUACAGCGCUCACUCAGAACGCCUCAACACGCCCUACACGCCUCAGCUGACAGAUGACGACCGUCUCUCCAGGAGGAAGAGCAUCGUAGACGCCGUCUCCCUGCAGAUGUACGUGGACCUUCAGGGCAGCUCUGAUGCACCGCAGAAACCUCAAGCCGAGCACAUCACCUUUGAGACGCUGAAGAACGCCAUCGAGGAUAGAGGGAUGGUGGAGGAGGAGGAGAGGAGGAAAAGGAUGCAGGUGGUGGAGAAGUUCCAGACGGCUUCUUUUGAGGAAAUAGCAGCUCACUGUGGAGCGCGGACGUCGUUGCUCCAGUCCAAACUGGAUCAGGUGUUUGACCUGAUCAUCCGUCCUCCUCCGUCCCCGUCUGGACAGUCGCGUCCUCGGUCAACGCCGCUCCACGAGAUGAAGUUUCCAGACCUGUGCGUCUAUUAGGGUGAUGUUGGUGUUGGGGGGGGGGGGGACUGUAGCACCCUAUAAUGUAAUAAUUUCCUGAAAAUGUAAUAACGCCAAAACGUCAAAAUAUCCUGACUGAUAUUGUAAUAACAUGUUUACUGAUAAUGUAAUACCUUAUUACAUUAUUGGGAAUUUAUUACAUUUUCAGAUGGGUCUUUUUUUUUUCCAAAACUGAUAAUGUAAUAUUUGACAAAUAAUGUAAUAUAUAUUAUUAUUAUUAUUAUUAUUAUUAUUAUUAUUAUAUAUGUUCAUUUUCAGUCCAGAGUUCUACAUUUUGUGUUUUAAGAAUCUAAGAAUGUUAUAUACGCUGGAUUUGAAACACCAGAAUGACUAUUGGGUUAAAUUGCAGACUUUGAGUAGCAUGUAAUAAAUUCCCAAUAAUGUAAAUAAACGUAUUACAUUAUUGGUAAAAAUUUUAUUACAAUAUCCGUCAGGGUAUUUUAUUACAUUAUUGGUGAAGUUAUUACAUUAUUGGGUUUUAUUACAUUUUAGAUUGAGUUAAGUGCAAAUUUUAUUACAUUUUCAGGAAAUGAUUACAUUAUAGGGUGAAAUGAUUACAUUAUAGGAAAUGAUUACAUUAUAGGAAAUGAUUACAUUAUAGGGUGCUACAGGGACGUCCCGCUGAUGAGCUGCUUUUGCCCCUUUUGAUGUUGUUGAUGAAAACUAGCUCACUGUUCCUGAAUCUCUGCUUCAAACGUUGUCAUGUUCCUUCAGCCUGCUCGCCAGAGAUGAAGCUGGAGAAUUUAAGAAUUAAAACCUUUUAUUUGACUUUCUGUUUGUCCAAGAUGUCUCCGAGCUCAUUUCCUCUACAGGAGCCACAUGACCAAUCACGUGUCUUUAGGCUAAUUAGUAUGAUAAAUAUUCUUUUGCAACCUUUUGAGUUAUUUCUUAGUUUGGUGACGUGCUGAAGGUUUGAUCUGCAGAUAAUCAGAAACUCCUCCCACUAGUUUGAGUCUUCAAGGACGUGACAACUGAUUCUGGAUGAACUUUGAUGAAAAGGUAGAAUUUUUGUCUCCUUCAGCAGCUAAAAGGCUCUUUAUUAUUCUUGAAAAAAUGUUUAAUUAAUAUGAUUUAAUCUUAGACUGGAGAUAAAACUGGGAUGUUUUCUAUAAAAAAGUUGGGAAAAAAGCACCACUACCCUAAAAUACAUAACAGAAUAAAUUAUUUAUAUGUGCGUCCUAAAAUGUUGGAUAUUUUGAACAAAAAUCAAGAAAAAUGCACAUUAAACAAUGAAAAUAAUAACUUUAUGGAUAUGUAGCUCCGUUUACAGAGAAAUUAAACACAUGAUGAUGGUUUCUAUGGUUCCCAGUCAAAGAAUGCCUUGGAACAUGCUCUUGAACCAACAAUGUUCAUUUCUAACAUAUAAACUAGCUUUUAUAAUUGAAUUGUAUGAAUCUGAUCACAUCAGGAACUAUUAAAGUAUAACUAAGGUUUAAUUAAAGGUAAUAACUUGACUACAAUGGUGUUAAAUUCUGCUUUGUUUUCUGUACAAACCUUUUCAUGAAAUAAAGUGUAAAAAUUCAAA